AUGAUACUGCGACACGCGUCGACGCUCAACGGCGCGGUCUCCAUCGUUCUCGCGAGCGCGAGUCCGCGUCGACGGGAGAUUUUAACGAAAACUUUGGGUCUGACAAACGUGGUGGUGGUCAAGAGCGCCUUCGCGGAGGAUUUGGACAAGUCGAAGUACGACGGCGCGGCGGCGUACGCGGAAGCCACGGCGUGGAAGAAGGCGAUGGAUGUGUGUCAGAAUUGGAGCUCGUACAGCGAUCUACCGAUGCCGGAUGUGGUGAUAUCAGCGGACACGGUGGUGGAGUCGGCGAGCGGGACGGUGAUGGAGAAACCGGGAGACGCGAGCGAGGCGCGGGCGAUGUUGCGGGCGCUUUCUGGAUCAACGAGUCGAGUGCACACCGGAGUGGCGAUCGUGACGCCGAAGGUACGCGUGGAUCGCGUCGGGGAGCUUUGUGGGAAAGUGUUCAGUGAGACAACUCGAGUGGAGUUUGCAGAAUUGGAAGAUGAAGAAAUUGACGCGUACAUCGCCACCGGCGAGCCUUUCGAUAAGGCAGGUGGGUACGGCAUUCAAGGACCAGCGGCGGCGUUCAUUCGAGGAAUUGUGGGGGAUUAUUUCAACGUCGUAGGAUUUCCAGUGCAUGCGUUCACUCGAGAGCUCGAGCCGAUGGUUGGAGACAUCUUGGAGAGAGCUUGA